ACGAGGGGUUGAAGACAGAAUUGUGACUCAACACGACACUCCUACUCUUGGUUGCUUGCGCUCGGGUUUGGAUCGCACCUCGGACUGCUCGUCUCGGCACGAUGUGAGAUCACAACUCACGACGCCUGAACGAACUCGAGUAGAGGCUCGCUUGCUCGGCGCUCGUGGACAAGCCAUAUACGGAGGCUCCUCUUCGGAUCGCGGUGGCAUGCGGUGCUUGCGGGGUGUGACAACUGGUUGUCUGGGCGCGACUGAUCACGAAGGUCGCGUGGUGCGUGCUCUCGCGAUGGCUGGGCGCAACAGCGAUAAGGGCUGCUGCGGGUCCCCUCGCGGGACAACUACAAAAGCUGGGGUGUUCGAUGACCGGAAGCCAACCGCCGACGGCGACGGCCGGCUGGAUACCAGAAAAGACAUAAAAAAACUAAGCGGAAAAAGAGCUGGUGGAACCGAGUGCCGGUGGGGAUGGCUAGGGUUCCUUUGGGUUGCGAACCGGUGGUCGGAUGAAUCUGUACGUCUGUGGAAUGUUCAUACAGGAAUUUGCAUUUUGAUAUUUGCUGGUGCUGGUGGCCAUCGCAAUGAAGUUCUUAGUGUGGACUUCCAUCCAUCUGACAUUUAUCGCAUUGCGAGCUGUGGAAUGGAUAACACUGUCAAGAUCUGGUCGAUGAAAGAGUUUUGGACAUACGUAGAGAAAUCAUUUACUUGGACUGAUCUUCCUUCCAAGUUCCCUACGAAAUAUGUGCAGUUCCCAAUAUUUAUUGCAUCAGUGCAUACAAAUUAUGUUGACUGCAACCGGUGGAUUGGUGAUUUUAUACUCUCUAAGAGUGUUGAUAGUGAACUCGUAUUGUGGGAACCAAAAAUGAAAGAACAAUCUCCAGGAGAGGGUACUGUUGACAUCCUUCAAAAAUAUCCUGUUCCUGAAUGUGAUAUUUGGUUUAUCAAGUUUUCCUGUGAUUUUCACUACAAUGCAGUAGCAGUAGGAAAUAGAGAAGGGAAAGUAUUUGUGUGGGAAGUGCAAUCUAAUCCCCCAGUUCUCAUUGCUAGAUUAUCCCAUGUUCAGUCAAAGUCUCCUAUCCGAUUGACGGCCGUGUCCUUUGAUGGAAGCACUAUUUUAUGCUGCUGUGAAGAUGGGACGAUAUGGCGUUGGGAUGUGGUGGCAAGUACUUGA